GUCACAACAACAAGAGCAGGGGCUAAGCUAACCCGUGUCUUGAAAGAAUGGUGCGCUACUUUUCCAUACUUUUGACAUUUGGAUUUGUAAAUCAUGCGUUUUGUCUUGAGAGUUCAUGCGAGGCCGCGCAGCAACCCGCCUCCCCGGAGCGCGCUCCGGGCUGCGGCUGCGGCCAGCUGAAGAGAGCCGGUGGGGGGCAGACCACAGCCGGCCAGCCCGCUGGCAAAUACUCCAGCAGCAUGAAUGACAGGCAGGCUCCAGCCCGCAGAGACGAGGGGGAGAUACACAGUCAGAUGGUGUGGAUUUCUGGAGGAGAGUUUCUGAUGGGAACAGACGACCCAGGCAUCCCUGCAGACGGCGAAGGGCCUCAGAGGCUGGUGCAUCUGGACUCCUUCUACAUGGAUAUCCUGGAAGUCACUAAUGAACAGUUCCAGAGCUUUGUCCACGCAACAGGAUACAUUACCGAGGCAGAAAAAUUUGGAGACUCAUUUGUUUUUGAGGGAAUUUUGAGCGAGCAUGUCAAAAACCAAAUCAGCCAAGCUGUAGCUGCUGCCCCCUGGUGGCUCCCAGUCAAAGAGGCCAACUGGAAACACCCCGAGGGUCCAGACUCCAACAUCACAGACAGGAUGAAUCAUCCUGUUAUACACGUCUCCUGGGCAGACGCUGGCGCCUACUGCUCCUGGGCCAACAAGAGACUUCCCACAGAGGCAGAAUGGGAGUAUGCCUGCAGGGGGGGCUUGAAAGACAGACUUUUCCCCUGGGGGAACAAGUUAAAUCCAAAAGGACAACAUUAUGCCAACCUUUGGCAGGGGGAUUUCCCAACUCACAACUCUGGAGAAGAUGGAUACAUCAAAACUUCACCAGUGAUGUCCUUUCCUGCUAAUGGUUUUGGUCUGUAUGACAUGGUGGGAAAUGCAUGGGAAUGGACCUCAGACUGGUGGACUGUGCAUCACACGGCGGACAAGCAGAACAACCCGAAGGGUCCUCCUUCAGGAACAGACAGAGUAAAGAAGGGCGGCUCAUACAUGUGCCACAAGUCUUACUGUUACAGAUACAGAUGUGCUGCUCGAAGUCAGAACACCCCAGACAGCUCAGCCUCCAAUCUUGGCUUUCGUUGUGUUUCUCCGGAGAAACGAUGACUUUGCCUGCUUGUCGUGAACAAAGAGCCCCUCCAUCCUGCUGCUCUCUAACCCCUGUGUCAAAUGCAGGGUUUACACUUGAAAGAAGAGCUGAAUCUGAGGGCUAAGCUGCCAGUUCACUCUUCUGCAUAAGAAGAGUAUCUCAGUAAAUGAAAGGCAGAGAAUAUCCAUAGUCAUUGUUGACAUGUGUUGCACUCUCAUUUAAAAACUCCAAGACUUUUUAAAACAAAAUGUAUGAAACAUAUAUUUAUAGUUUUUGUAUUCGUAUAACUUUUGUCUGAUGCUGAGUGCAAUGCAAGUAAAAGACAACACUGAAUGUAUUACUUGAAAUGUUUUCCAAGAUGGAGAUUACAGAGGUGGAGCGUGCAGGAGAGUCUCUGGUGUACAAAGAGUUGACCCUUCUGCCACCAGACCAUCGUAGUGACGCGAGGCAGGCUGAGAAGUUUUAAUGCUGGUUAAUGUAAAGACUUCCUGUAUGAUGAGUUCAAAUUGUGUUUGCUCCUAGUUGCAUCAGUGAAUACUGUAAAGACUUGUUCUACUUCCAUGUUGCCUUUCCAUAACCCAAAGCCACGACCCAUGUUGCUUUGAAUCAGCAUCUGGUCACACAUCUGUGACUUCUGCAGGUUAACAAUAUGUAUAAUAUAUUUUGUGUUUUAUAUUUUGGUAGGAGAGGUUAAUUGAGGUCUUUAAGUUAUUAGUUUUGUUUUUUUACACCUUUAGGAGCGCAGGUGGGAAGACACCUUCAUGACUUUAGUCACUGUUUCUGUUCAGACCUGAGAAUUAUUCAGCAGCAAAAAAACAUUUUGUUUUUGUUACCUGCAAAGUAGAAAUAAAGGGAAUUCUUGUAGAAUGAUUCUGUGAAGUUGCUAUAAAUUAUUUUUGGAAACACGUUUGUCUUGAUGUGUGUAUGUGUGAGCUUUACCUUGAAUUUUUAUUUUUCUUAAGUUUUUUUUAAUUGAUUUAAUAUAACUUUACUGUUUC